AUGGACGCCAGCGAGAAAGCCGUUUCGUCGGAAACUACCUCGUCCGACCUGAUCGACCUGGAACCAGAAGCGAGCGACGUUGCUACUGAGCACAAGGUCUCCCAAGAUGGACUCUCAGAAAAAGGAAAGGAUCCAGAAUUGGACGUGACAGACAGGUUACCAGCUCUCAGAAUCGGCGAAGUCAAACCUGAGAGCAACCAUGAGUCUCCGCCGAAAGUCCUUCCCUCCACGCCUCCUCCACCUGAGCCGCCGGCUGCCAGUGAAAAGCCGUACCUCGAUCCUACACCCAAAACUCCAGCCAUCUCGAGGCACCCAUCUAUGAGAACAUCAGUGGAAGAAUAUGACGAGAAGGACCCGGCCUAUAACCAAGAAUUACAGGACAAUACUGUGCAAACGCCUUUCCAGAAGCCCAACAGUGACCCUGAUGUGGAAUCAACAUCAGAAAUACAAAGCAUUAUAGAUCAGUUCGAUGAUGCCUCGGCGGCCCCUUCAAAGGAGUCAAUCAUGUCUCCUCGGCACGAAAUGGCCGGGCCAAUUCUAGGAUCGGGUGGCAGUUUUCCACCCAGAAGGUCCAGCCUGGAACAUCUACGAUCAAGAGAUAUGGACACGUUAGCAUCGCCGGUGAUACCCCAUCAUUCAGAAAAGCCUCUGCCCUCACCGCCUUCGGGUGUCCUCAAUAAUGAUACAGGUCCACUGAGAAGCCCCCCGAUCAGAAGCCCAACACAGGCUUCGUCACCUUCGCUUCCAAUGCAGCCACCACCUCCCGAACCUGAGCCCGAAUUGCCAUUUGACUUCCAUCGAUUCUUGGAGCAGCUCCGACAUAAAUCCGCCGACCCAGUGGCCAAGUUUUUACGCUCCUUCUUGACAGAGUUUGGAAAGAAGCAAUGGAUGGUCCAUGAACAGGUCAAAAUCAUCGGCGAUUUUUUGGCCUUCAUCACGAACAAAAUGGCCCUCUGUGAGGUAUGGCGAGAAGUUUCAGAUAACGAGUUCGACAAUGCCAAAGAGGGCAUGGAAAAGCUCGUGAUGAACAGGUUAUAUUCGCAAACAUUUUCUCCAGCAAUCCCACCUUCUCCUCCGGUCGCGCGAUCGCGGUCCAGAGGAAGAAGGAAAGAAUUAGAAAAGUCCCAGGGACCGGGCAGACGCGGUCAGCAUCAGGAAGAUGUCGAACGAGACGAGAUUCUUGCCCAGAAGAUUCGGAUUUACAGUUGGGUGCGAGAGGAGCAUCUCGAUAUAGCGCCCGUCGGUCCGAACGGAGAAAGGUUUCUUAGACUGGCCCAGCAGGAACUCCUCAAAAUCAAGGGGUAUCGAGCGCCUAGGGACAAAGUCAUCUGCGUCUUGAACUGCUGCAAGGUUAUUUUUGGCCUGUUGAAAAACGCAAAGAGCUCCGACACUUCGGCAGAUUCAUUUGUGCCCCUCCUAAUUUACGUUGUCCUUCAAGCGAACCCAGAGAACCUCGUGUCGAACAUACAAUACAUCCUUCGAUUCAGGAAUCAGGACAAGCUUGGAGGCGAGGCGGGUUACUACCUGUCCUCCCUGUCGGGAGCAAUCCAAUUUAUCGAAAGUCUGGAUCGGACGACCUUGACAGUUAGUGACGAGGAAUUUGAACGCAACGUUGAGAAUGCCGUAGCAGCAAUCGCAGAGCAGAAUCGUCAGGCUGAACAAUUCAGCCCACGGGCCUCGACCAUUGCCGAAAAGUCAUCACUUGCGGAGCCAGAGCUUACACCACGGAACUCAAUGGAUGUGACGUCCACCAGCCCUAUUCGACGAGAUCCUAACCGGCAGUAUAGCACCUCAGGAGACGGCUCCGAUGACAGCGUGGCAGGUCUUUUGCGGACCAUUCAAAAACCUCUCUCCACGAUCGGCCGAAUAUUCUCGGACCAGGACUCAUCAUCCCAAGAACGCAGGCCGAGUCCAGCGCCGCCUCAAGCGGCUCCGAGGCUGAAUCCGAACAUGUUCCAGCCACCGCCACUAGCUCAGGGCGGCGCAGGCGCAGGCGCAGUCCCGUCUUACAACGCCGAAGAAGCUGCGGCGAGACAGGCAAGCGCGGAAGCCGCGGAAGCUCGACGGAUCUCCCGAGCCGAACACAGGACUGUGGUCGAGACCCUGUGUGGCAUGUUUCCGAACCUGGACAAAGAGGUGAUUGACGACGUGGUGCGGCAAAAAGAGGGCAGAGUGGGACUUGCGGUUGACGCAUGUUUGGCCCUGACAGCUGGGAGUUGA